CAUUAUCCUCUCUCCUAGCGCGAGGAUCUCCCGCUGCAGGAACUCCUCCCGACCUCUCUCUCUCUCUCACUCCCACCAUGCUGCUGCUCCAAUGCUCCCCACGCCUCCUCCUCUGCCGCCAAUGCUUCGCACCGCACCACCCCUUCCCCUCCGCGCCCUUGCCCCUCCCCGGCCGCCUCUCCACCGCCCUCCGUGCCGGGCCGGAACUGCAGCCGCCGCCGGCUGUUUCCGCGCCACCCCCCCUGGAUACCAUCGACGACGGCCCCGUGGAGCUCAGCGGGCCAACGCUUUUCUCCGUCGACGACAACCCAACCCCGCUGCAGGUCGCCACGAGCGUCCUGCUCACCGGCGCCAUCUCCGUCUUCCUCUUCCGCUCCCUCCGCCGCCGCGCUCGCCGCGCCAAGGAGCUCCGGGUGCGGUCCGGCGGGGUGGCGAAGCCCAAGAACCUGAGCGAGGAGGCCCUGGAGGCGCUGCGGAUGGUGAGCACCACGCCCGUGGAAACCGAUAAGCAGCCGUCUCCCGUGCAGGCGCUGCUCGGCGGGAUUGCGGCUGGGGUCAUCGCGCUCUUCCUCUACAAGUUCGCCACCACCAUCGAGGCCUCGCUCAACCGCCAGACCAUCUCCGACAAUUUCUCGGUUCGUCAGAUAACAGUGACAAUAAGAACAAUUAUAAAUGGGCUGUGCUACCUAGCAACUUUUGUGUUCGGAAUCAACGGGGUGGGAUUGAUACUAUACUCCCUGCAGCUUACAUUUAAUUCUAUCAUGGACGACGACCCCAGCAGCUCUCCUGUAGCGAAAGUGAGCGAGCAGUCCACAGGUUCCACAAGUGACAGAGAAUCAGACAGUAGUGACUUGAAGGAGACCUCAGAGAAUAGUAAAAACUCAACAGAGUAGAUGAAGCCAUGCAAUGCAAAUGGCAAAGUUGAAGAGUACAUAAAAUUGGACAAUCCUUGUGACUUUUUGAGCAUUACUUCUCUGCAAAUAUGCACAAAUGAAGUUCCAACUAGGCUAAUAGUAGAAUGUGAUCAACAUUUGUUAUGAGAUCGCAGAGGUUGUUCUUCAAUGAAUUAUCGACCUUUCUGAUUGAUAUCGACCCAGAAAUUUUGUCAAAAA